CACAGUGAAUGGCAGGCGGGGUUCUAAAAUGUUGCCCAGAUGCACGCUCAGGGAGGGGGCGUGUCAUGUAUUGGAGAAAGAAAAAAAUAAAAACAUAUAUUUUUUUCUCUUACCGGCAGCUGCAGGGGGAACAGUGGAGGCAUUUGUUAGUUAACCAAGUAAAGCAGUAGCGUGUUAACUUAGAAGUUGGGGAGAGAGCAAUUGUUAAAUGUAUUGCUUUUAUAUAUUUUAAGUAGAAUAUUAAGCCUGAAGCACCUUAACUAAGCCUACCAGAUCAUGAAUUCCAAGCGUCUUCCUAAGAGGUCUGUGGUGGGGAUACGUGUUUGCGCCGCUCCAGGUUCAGUGUGUACCGGUAGCUUGCAAGCAGGGACAAGUGACACACAUGGCAAGGCUAUUGCAGCAGGGGUCUUUGAGAUAAUACAAGCAUGCAAGAACGACCCUUCUACUGGAAGCAGUUUCUACGCACUGAUGUUGGACGAAGGCACUUUGAAAGAAUACCCCACUGAAGAGAGCGUUAUGAAUCGGUCUGAUUUGAAAACGAUAGUGCAUGGAAAACACUCUCAUGCCGGUUUGGAAAAGAUACCUUUGUACUGCAAGAGUGAAGAGGGAGUUCCAGAGCUGGAACAGAAAAGCACCCUGGUUCUGAAUGGCAGAAAGUUAGAAGACCGUGUGCACGUGGACGACAAACGUUCUGCGGGGCGACUGGAGGACACCAAGAAAGACCCGCUUCCACAAAGCCCUGCCCCAGUGCAUGAACAGAGCCGGCUCCAGAUGUCAUCCUACAUCCCUGUCCCCAAGCACAGGAGGCCGUUGGGUCAUGUAGACAUGGAGGUGAUGGCAGCUACAGUCCUCACCACCCUCUCCACCAGUCCGCUGGUACUCAGCCCCCCCUCUGGGACCCCAGGCGCAGAUCCCUGCAGUCGAGGGUGGAAGGAGGCCCUGUCUGCCAGCUACAGCAGCUCAACCAGUGGGAACUGGAGCUGGGAUGCCAGCGACCAAUCGGUCCCCUCCACCCCCUCCCCGCCGCUCCCCGCCGACACCAACAAGAGCUUUCUGCUGUCCUCCCAGUCCGACGACAACAUCGAAGAGUCCGUGACCACACACUUCCUCUUCGAGGACCCCAUCCCCAGGAAGAGAAAGAACUCUAUGAAGGUGAUGUUUAAGUGCUUGUGGAAGAACUGUGAGAAGGUCCUCAGCACCUCAUCAGGAAUUCAGAGACACGUCCGCACUGUCCACCUCGGGCGGAAUAGUGACUCUGACUACAGUGAUGGGGAGGAGGAUUUCUAUUACUCUGAGAUCGAGGUGAACAUGGACUCGCUGUCGGAGGGGCUUUCCAGUCUGACGCCAACCUCUCCCACCACCACAGCCCCCCACCCCCCUGCGUUCCCCCUGCGGGAGCUCCCCCACUCUGAGCCAGCGCUGAUCCGCCCCUGGGGAGGCAAGACACUGACACCACUGAGCCAGUCUGCACCUUCCACGCUGUGCCACAUCCGCACUGAUCACGCCUACCAGGCCACUGUUCCUGUUAGCAUCCCUGUAUCUUCCAAGUUCGUACCUAGUGAGAAUGGGAUCAGUAUAUCCUGGCAGUCCCCUCCCGUCAUAUUUAAAGGGUCACCGGGAUCCUUAACGCAGAUCCGCACAGUCAGCAUCGGGGAGAAGAGGCAGCCCCUCCAGCACACUACAGUCCCCAAGACACACGCGGCUCUCCCCUCCGCACCCAAACCAGCCACGGGAACCAGGAAACCUCGCGGAGAAGCCAAGAAGUGUCGGAAGGUGUAUGGCAUGGAGAAGAGGGACAUGUGGUGCACCGCCUGCCGCUGGAAAAAAGCCUGCCAGAGGUUUAUUGACUGAGCCCGUCUCUUUCUGAAGUUCCUUGCUCAAAAGGCUGGUAUUGUUAAACGCAAAAGCGCCAAGAGGCAGUGCGUGAUAGCUUUGACUUCAAAGCCACCUCCUUCCGAGCCGUCCUCCUUUGUUCUGCGGCACUCCCUGGGGUGGAAUCGUCACAGCUUUGGUUGGGUUUGAAAUGGAAAAGGGACGCCGUGCUGUAUUCUGGUUAAAAAAAAAAAAGAAAAGAAAAAAAAUUACAAAAAAAUACACAAAACAGAAAACAAAAAAAAUCUUUAUAUCGUUUGGGCAGCAUUGUUUUAUUUUUACAGUAAUCUGUUAAGAGGGAAAAAAAAAAAGCUAAGCAGCACAUUUAAAAAAGAAAUGGUUUGAGGCUUCUUAAUUCACUGUUAAUAUUUUAAACUCUACUUUUACAAUUUCUUAUUUUAAAGACCAUGCUGUUAAUUAUAUAUAUAAAAAAAUUCAGACAAGCUUUUUAUGGAAAAUAUUUGAAUUUAGCUUUUUUUUUCUGGUCACUUAAAACAGUCACGAGGUUCAUUUGUACAAACCUUGCUAACUGUGUAGCUUUAUCACUUGACAGUACUUUCUUUGGGAUUGCUCAUUGAAUUCCUUUUUAUACAGGCAUUGUCAUAAGUUUCAGUUCAGAUUAUCAGCACUGUUUAAAGCAGUGGUUUUAAAAGAAAGCAUCAUUGGACUGAAUUUGCUUAUAUUAUGACACCAUGCCUGGUGUUCUUUCACAUUGUACAUACCUGUUUAAUUAGCUUUUUUUGUCAGUAAUACAAAUGACAAGCGCUAUAGUUACUUAAUCCAAAGGAUUUUCUGGGAAGCAGGUCAAACAGAUUUUUUUAGUCGCAUUGAGGUAGGCAGUAUUCUGCGGGUAGGUGCAAGAUGCUUGCUGCUUGUCACAUGUUCUCAAGGUUAGGAAUUUCACUUGGAAGCUGAGAGUUUUGAAACUGUAGUAACAUGUCUCCAAAUGCAAGUGUUAAAAAAAGGAAAUCGCACCAAAUGAAAGCCUGUGCUACCUUUAGUUACUCAACCGCUGAAAAGUGCAAGUUACUAAAAAAUGGCGAUCAUGUCAAAGUUCCAGACACAAAAAACAAACGAUUAUACAUAUUUUGAUUAAUAAUUUCCAUUAUAUGUUGAAGACUUUUCUUGGCGAGGCAGUGUUCCAUUAGCUAGGAGUAGCUGGAGCUUUCGUUUGUAUCUUUUAGAAACCUGUGUCGCCAUUUUAGGCCGAUUUUCAUUGCCAAACGCAGAUUUACAAGUAGUUCUUUGUAGUUGCCUUCAAAUGUUGGAAAUAGGAUGGAUCUAAAGAGAUUCUAAGUGUUAUUUUCCUUGUAUGUGGGAUUUAGGACAACUUUAGUUCAGUUGUACCAGUGCAGAGGAUAAUCUGGUGAAGGCAGAUUCACCUGAAAUUCCACCUGGACAGAAGACUGGUUUCUUACUGCUUACACUAAACUGUAUUUGCAAGUGUUUAUUUGCUUCCCAAAAAGCCUACUUCGAGUCAAGAGCUACAUGCAGCAUAAAACAUAAAGACAAAAAAACAUGGCUGGAUACAAGAUGACACUUUUUUAGUAAUAGAUUUUUUUGGCUUUUGAUUUUAUAGUUGCAGCUUCGUUUUUAUACUCACGUUUUCUUUAAAAUGAUUUCUUUGGAUAUGUAGGUUAAGCGUUUAUGUACAUUUGCAGUAUGUCUUUUUUUUCUACAGAUUUUGAAUUGGAGGAGUUUUAUUUACUGUGCUGCCUAUCAAUACACGUGAAUGAAGCUUUGAUCUGUUCAGACGGUCCAGCCUUCGCUGAGAUACAGAACAGCACUGUAGAGGUCAUUAAAGGGUGCAAUCUGAAUAGACUGGCAAACUAAACAGUGUAAGGUUCAUAUUCCCUGCUGUCAAACACUAAUAGCUACAUAUAUAUAUUUGUUUUGUACAGAUGAAAAUGAUUACUGAGUCAAUAUUAUCAGCUAAACAACUUAAGUAGUUUCACACAAUCUAUAUUAAUAAAUGUAUUUUACUUCCAUGCAUUAAAUGCCCACAGCUUCUGUAUAUGGAUAGGAUGUUGAAAGAUGUUUAAUGACCUCCACAGAUGCUGUUUGCCGUUUUUAGAGCCUCGCUGUCAGGGUGUGCUCUGUACCAGCAGCUCAAAGCUCCAUUCUUAUCUGCAGUUUUGGGGAAAAGAGCGUCACCAUUUUUGGGUAGAAACUUCAGCAAGUGCCAUUGGGAAAGAGGAAACCUCAUUGAAUUGCACUAAGUUCUGCUGAACAGAGAUAUUUUUUUUAUCUGGAGUUUUAUAUAAAGAAAUUGAAGACAAUGUGUCAGAAAUGGUUAAUAUUCACUACCUACCGUUGCUUGUUUGGAUCAGUGAUGAACAUGGCUCCUUGUCAAAGCUACUGGUGUAAAAGAUCUGUUCAAGAAAAGUUCAGAUGUAAGGGAUGUUGAUAGUCCAAUACCAGUCCCACAAAUGGAGCAGUGCAGUCCUAGACUGCUUGUUAAAAAGCCAACACAGCCAUGGAAUAAUCAAGCUUAUCGCAAACGGCUUGAGUCCUUUAAAAACGGGAAACAUGGUUUUCAAAAUGUUCACAAUGAUUCUAUUCCAGUAAAACUAGCAGAUUGUUCUUUACUAAGUUUUGCUGUUUAUUUCUAGUGGCCAUUGGGGUUGCAUAUCCCUGUAGGGCAGUGUGUUCCACUUUGUUCAUGAUAGUGAUAGUUACAGCUGUGGUAGGUGAUGUCUGUUACUAACUAACAAACCAAAAAUGAGUUUCCAAACAUGAAAUGGAGGUACUGGCAAUUAACUAUGAAAAUAUUUUUGAUUACUCUGUAAUGUUACUUAUUAUUUGUACAUGUAUUGCUUUUAGUAGCGUUGCUUGGGUGAUUGUUUCAAAAGUAAACGAAUACAAAGAGCUUGUGAAGAGAAUUUGUGUGUAUGAAUGUAAAAGAUGAAUGUAAAACGUCGAUCUGGCAUCUUAGGAAUGUGCAAUUAAACAUAAGUCUUGUUUUCAGUGCCCAAUUGUAAUAAUCUCUGAACUAAUGAAUGCCCCAACCAACAAAAAAUAGACUGCAGGCUUUAAUUGGACUUCAUAUGAAAAUGAACCUUGAAAUCAAUGUGGUAAUUGGAUAUUUGCUUCAUUAUCAACAGAAGACAAUAUAAUAAGAAUGAUAAAAGCUGUCACAUUGAUUGUGCUUCAUAAAACAUACUCCAUGCAGGUAUCAAUCUCCAAUUGGAGCCCCAAUUAGUUCAGGUAUUAAGGAAUAUUGUGUAGUAGGUACCAGUACCACCCCCUGCACAUUCCUUGGCUCUGCGGUACCUUCUUGCAUUAAUUUAAUUUGUUGUCUGUUGUAUACAGUCCAGAGCCCUCCAACUACAGAAAGCUUUAGAGAGCUGUCCCCACAGCUCAUGAAAAACACACCAGGAUGUUAAGCUAAACAACCCCCAGCAAUGUGUCAAAAAUGUAUCGGUCGGGAUGCUGAUCAGUGAUUUCUUUAUGGCAGCUUUCCAAUACAGGGGUUUCAUGUGGAUUUUUUUUUUUUUUUUUAAUUGUUGUCAGUGUUUCUGGCCUGGCUUCGCUUCAGGCAAACUGACUUUUUCACCAUUUUUAAAUUUUUGUUAUUUUAUAAAGUCAAGCAGAACUUUCGUUGCAGAGAUGGGUUUUAUCAGUUACUUGAGUGCCAAGGAGCCACAGAUCAGGAUCAUCAAGUCCAGCAGUUAUGUGUCGGAAUGCACGUUUGAUUUCCUAUUACAGCACUGCGAUGGGGGGUGCUUUGGAAGAGUAAUAGAACUGGAAUGAAAAAGCCACACUAAUUUGUUGGCACAUUCAUAGAAUACAGUACAGUCUGUAGUAGUUGUCUGGCAGUCAUAUGCCCAUAACUGUUGCUGAAGUUAAAUUGCAGUUGUAUUUCUUCAAAAAAUACCCCCUUACCCUGAUGAGGGUUUUCUGAAAUGGUGGGUGUUUUUCUUUUUUUUAUCAGUCUGCUUAAAACUCCACACAGUCAUCUUUCCACCUUCUAGGGAAAGAAAAAUAACUACAGACAGCUACAGUAUUACUAAAAUGUAGAGAUCCAGCAAUACUGUAUUUUUGAAAACCCAUCUCUGACUGAAAGUUUUCACUGACAUUUGCUUUUAAAAUAACAGUAGCAGUACUGUUAUUUAACCAGCAAGGGGAG